AUGGACGACGAUAACAACGACAACGUCAAAAUGGGAGGACGGUGCGAAGAGCGAAGCAUAUACGGAGCAAGCUUGAAACGGAAGCGUAUCGACUUUGUCCCUGCUACCUCCACUACAAAUGUCGAGGAGGCGCAAAAACCCUUCCGCAACUUAGGGGAUCAGUAUCUUUCGAUCGUGCUGAAAGAGGGUGGGUCUUCGACAGUUGCUCGUUCAGGCAGGUUCGAGACGUCUAAUACUAAAAGAAGUUUGAAACUGCGCUCUGCAACAGUAUGUGACAUAUGCAAUCAACCUAUCGAGGCCUCAGAAGACAGUAAAGCCGCUCCCUUAGAAUGCCAUGAUCUAUCUCUCGCUCACCAAGUCUGCCUCCAACACUCAUAUCCACCCUCUCACCUCGAUCGCAAUCGACAGGGUCUCAAGUACCUUUCCUCAUAUGGAUGGGAUCCUGAUCGUAGAGUCGGGCUUGGCGCAGCUGGAGAGGGUAUCAGAGCACCUGUCAAAGUGAAGGUAAAGAAAGACACAGUGGGUUUGGGGAUGAAAGUACCAGAAGGAAAACAGGUCAUAGCGCCUGUUUCAUUGGAUGCGGGAAAAGUAAGGAAGAGGGAGGAGCUCGAAAGGAGGCGUGGGAAGAGGUUGCAGGAGAUGUUUUAUCGAAAUGACGACGUCGAGAAGUAUCUCGGCCAUGAUUGA